GACACAGGUGUGUACAUGUCCUCCGUGUUUUAAAACAAUUACCUUCAAAAAUCUUUAGAGAAAUGUCCCAGGACCUUGCAAAUGUGUUGGAAGAAUGGACAAGUUUAGAGGAAGAAUUCCAGCAGUUUCAGGAGGCACACAAAUUAUAUCUGCAAAAAUUGGAUGAAAUUUCAAAGCUGCAAAAUAAUUGUUCUUCCACAAUUUCUCAUCAUCGUAAAAGACUAGAUGAGCUGUCUCACCAAGUGAAAAGAUUUAAUAAUGUAUUAUCACCAGAAGACUCAAACACAGUGGAUGCAAUAAAAGAGAAAAUUAAAACACGACCAAAUGUUUUAUCUGAAAUGGAGGCUUUCCUUCCUAAGAAAAAUGGCCUUUAUCUCAGCCUGGUUCUCGGGAGUGUCAAUAUCACCCUCUUCAGCAAACAGUCAAAAUUUGCCUACAAAGAUGAAUAUGAGAGAUUCAAGCUGUAUCUCACAGUUCUCCUCCUGCUGCUGUCCUUCACAUGCUACUUCUUUGUCAGCUACAGAUUUGUUGAUGCAAUACUAAACUUCUUGUUGGUGUGGUAUUAUUGCACAUUAACCAUCAGGGAAAGCAUCCUCAUCACCAACGGUUCCAGAAUUAAAGGCUGGUGGGUUUUCCAUCACUACAUAUCAGCGUUUCUUUCUGGAGUCAUGCUGACAUGGCCAGAUGGCAAACUCUACAUGGUGUUUAGGAACCAGUUUCUUGCUUAUUCCUUGUAUCAAAGCUUUGUUCAGUGUCUGCAGUGCUAUUAUCAGAGUGGAUGUCUGUAUCGACUUAAGGCCCUGGGAGAAAGACAUAACAUGGAUUUGACUGUGGAGGGUUUUCAGUCCUGGAUGUGGAAAGGACUGACGUUUCUUUUGCCCUUCCUGUUUUUUGGUCAUUUUUGGCAACUCUUCAAUAGCAUUUCUCUUUUUAACAUGGCUCAGCUCCCAGAUUGUAAAGAAGGACAGGUGAUGUUGUGUGGUCUUUGCUUCCUUAUUUUGUUCUUGGGAAACUUCUUAACUACUGUUGCUGUGGUUCGUCAGAAGAUGAAGAGCAGAAAUCAAAAAGCAAAGAAGCAUUAAAAAUUACAUUACAAAGUCUUGACAUUUGUUAUCUUAAGUCUACAGAGAUUGUCAACUUUGCUGAAUCAUUAAAGUACUUUAUAUAUUAUUCUCUAAAAUAGUACAAUUAAAAUACAAUGAACCAGGUU